UGUAAAUAUAGAGGCAUUUCAUUUAACCGCGGCCACCUCUGUGCGCGACCUCUAAGAAUUUGGAUCAUCAAUGAUAUAAAGAAUCGCCUACAGUCAGCUUUUCAAACGAGUAAUUCUGAUGAGAAUCAAGGUCACCCCCUUCACGAAAUGGCAGCAUAUCCCAUAUGUAACUCAGACUCCACCGAGAGCUCUUGGAUGCAUGACAACAACGUAACGAUUCGUUUCUCGGAUAGUCUCUUCGAACCGAAGCGUGAAAAUUUAAAUCUGGACAGCGCUAUUCUUCGUUUAUAUAAGGUUAACCCAAACAAUACUGAUGAAGAUAACGCUAGCAGUGACGACGAUGCUAAAACCGCAAAAACCUGUGGGGACCCAUUGACGUUAACUCCACAAAUACGUGUGACCGUCUCUAUUGUACAACAACUGCGCCGAAACAAACGAGAGCGUAAGAAGCACAUUUGCAACACCACAAUGAUGAACAUUUCCAAAACUGGCUGGGUUGAAAUUGAUAUUAAACGCGCAAUCUACAUUUGGGAGAGCGUUGAACGCCAGCAGCAGCAAAACCGUCAGCAACCCAUCCAAAUUGGGUGGCUAAUGAUCGAAGUUCAUGACGAAGAGGAGAAUCCUCUCAAGCCGGGACUCUUUUUCAAUCCACCUAAAUGUGACCAGGCAGAAUUUGCAAUCCCGUGGAAUUACUACGGACCGCACACGCCUAUGUCUCCUUUUGCAGCGCACGAAGUGCCAAGAUAUCCAAGACUAGAUGUCAAAUUGGUGGGCUAUGCUUCUUUCGCGCCAAAAAAUGUCAAGAAAGAAGUACAUGACAAACUGCGCGGAAACUUGCGACGCCAACUAUUUAAUCACUCUAAAACCCCUACUGAAGAUUUACUCGCCGACGGCCAACAUGCUACUGCAGAAACAACGCCGAUGCCCGAUAAUUUACUCCAAUUUUCUACAGCCAUUGAAUCAGAGCAAACGCACAGUGCAAGAAAACGACAGUCUGAACACAAUAUUACUUACCAAAAUUUUCGUCAUACCCUCUACAAUCAUAACCACGACCACAACAACCAUAAACGUAACCUGCAUGAAAACAUUGACGAAGUAGGAAAGCAAUCAAUAAGUUCUAAGCAAAUGAUUCAUCGUAAAUCAUUGCAAUUACAUAACGAAGGCCAACGUCCUCGAGCUCAUAAUCGACGCAAUAGUCACCGCCGAAAUCAUCAACACCACCAACUACACCAACAGCAUCCCCCAACCACAAGCCUCAUUUCAGCAACACACUGAGAAAUCCACCAAUAGUAAAUUUUCGCUCCAGUGAACAAUUUUAUCAAAUAUGUACUUCAUUCAAGUACUUGAAGCGGUCGAAAGAUGCCACGAGAGACCCAAAUGCACAACAUACAUAUUUAAUAGUUAGAGUAACAAUCUUAAUUGUCCAAGGCCGGUCAACUUAAUUAGAUAUUAACACUUGCAUACAUAAGUUUAUGGAAGUAAAAAUAUUGACUAUAUAUAUUUGACUAUUCUAAAGUCAAUAGCUUCAUUUAAACACUUAGAUAUACACAAUCAUAUAUAGAGGAGUUAUUAUUUUAAAAAUCGUAACCUUUUUUGAAUUUAUAAUUUAGAUUCAGCUAAAACUUUUUUUAAAUUUGUAUGUACUAAACCAUUUGUGCAACAGCAUCAAUGCUCACAGCAAAAAUAUGAGGAGAAGCUUGGCCAAACACUUAGCAAACACCGUAAGCUCCAAAAUAUUAUUAUUAUUAUGCAUUAAAUAUGUAAGGAAAUACCUGUUCUGGAUUCUGUCGAAAAAAAUUUAUUUUCAGAGAUACGAAGGUUUUAAGUUUUGAUAAGUUACGACUAUUUACCAAACUUUGUUCAAAAUUCCAUGUCAGUACCUGUUAUGUCCUGUGAUAAGUGAAACGCAUUCGUUCAGUCUUGAGUUCAAUUAGCAACUGACUUUAUUUCAUCUAAUAAAAUCUACUUACAUAUGUACAUAUACACACAAGCAAAGUUACUCUCAUCUGUUUGUUAGGAGGCAUGUUGACGUGAGGCUCCGUUCACAUUAGGCAAACACAUAACACGCUCCUCCUCAAGAAAUUUGUUUUAUUCACAAUCACUACUGUAUCUCUUAGUCGUUGCUUCAAAUAAAUUUAAUUCAUACAUGUUCGUUUCUUAUUGAUAUGGUAUACGUUUUUGUUAAAAAUCUAGAACUUAUAUCUAACAUUGUUUCGUGGACGUAAUUCUCUACGUUCUAUCUGAUGGUUUCCACUAUCGCUAGAUAUAUUUUCCAGCCUUUCAUUUUCAUUUAAAUUAUUUUCUUGAUUCGGAUCAUUUCGAUGUGGGGAUUCAGUAGCGUCAUUAUUCUCAGCAGACGGCGAUUGAUUUACUUCAGUUCUUGGAUCCUCCUCCAACAACUCAACAUCAAUGUUCGGUGUGGACGCGGUUUUAAUUUGAUCUGUAUGUCUUUUAAUUAAUCUAUUGUUAUGAUCAAAUAUACAAUUGUAAGUUCGUGGACCAAUCUGAGAUCGAAUUGGUGUUGAAGACCAACUUGCUUUGUUAGGAUAUUUGUAAUCUCGCCCGGAUAAUUUUUUUACUAUUUUCUUGGCUACACAAAAUAUUUUCUGUAAUUUGAGGUGGUUUAAUAAAAUCAAAACGAGUUUUAAUGGAUCUGCCUAAAAAGAGCUUAGCGGGUGUUUCAUUUGUUGUACAAUGUUUUGUUAUCCUAUAAUCCUUUAAAAAUCGAUUCAAGAUUAUUUCAAAAUUCGUUUCGUGUUCGUUGUGAAGAUUUGCAUUUAAAGAUUUAUUUAAAGUUUUUAUGAAAUUUUCAACUUGGCCAAUGGUCGAUGGUUACCCUGGAGCCGUAAGUACGUGUUUUAUAUUGUUAAGUUUUAAAAAGUUUUUAAACUCUUCCGAGACGAAGUAACGACCAUUACCACUCACGACUCACGACUGUAUUGACAAUUCCGAAACGACAAAAGUUUCACGAAGUUUUGAAAUACAAAAUUCGAGGUCAUGUGCUUAGUUUUAAAAACUUCCACCCAUUUGGAAUACGCAUCUAUAAGUAUUGUAUUGACAAUUCCGAAACGACAAAAGUUUCACGAGGUUUUGAAAUAACAAAAUUCGAGGCCAUGUGCUUAGUUUUAAAAACUUCCACCCAUUUGGAAUACGCAUCUAUAAGUACUAACAAGAAAACCUUUAAGUGGGCCAGCGAAGUCAAUGUGUAUUCUAUUUGGCAAAAGUUCUUGACACGAAAUACAUUGCUUGGUUAAGCUUUCGAUAUCACCAUCGAGUUUUGGCCACCAUAUAUAUGAUCCUGUCAAUGCUUUUCUUUUGACAACCCCCAAAUGAGAGUCAUGUAUCUUUUCAAGUAAGUACUUGCGUAAUUUUAAUGGAACUACGACUCUAUAACCCCAUAGUAAGCAUUCUUAGUCGACUGUUUAUUCUGAGCUUUUAUUAAAGUAUGUAGCGAAUUCAUCGCCUUUCAUAUUUUUCAGUGUAGCUGUUUUUACGGCAUCGCAAACUUUCGAUAAAACCGAAUCACGGCGUGUUUCACGCGCAAUAUCUUUGAAAUUUAUAUUAAGGGUAUUUUCAGCUUUGAUAUGACAUACAAACGAUUUUUCAUUAUCUUGUUGUUCAAAUGCAUGUUGAUGAAGUAUUGACAAAGUAUCAGCUUUAUUUAACGAUCCAUUUAUGUACUCAAUUUUAUAAUUGAAACCUGAGAGUAUAAAUGCCCACCGUUGCAUUCUUGCCGCCGCCAUCAAAGGAUGUCCUUUGUUUUCCCCAAAUAUGGUUUAAAGUAGUUUAUGGUCCGUUCGCAAUACGAAACAGUGUCCUAUUAAAUAUUGCUUUAAUUUAGUUACUGAAACGAUUAUGGCUGGUACCUCUUUUUCUGAUGUGCUGUAGUUCUUUUCGCUUUUUGAUAAAGCCCUUGAUACGAACGCAAUUGGUUGUAAACUUUUGUCAGGCAAUUUGUGUGAUAAAAUCCCUGAUACUGCAUUCGAAGAUGCAUCAGUGGUAAGAACUAUAGUUAAUUUGGGGUUAAAAUGAAGGAGAACUUGAUCAGAGGUGAUUUCUUUCUUAAUAUUUUCGUAUGUGUCUUGACAUUUACGGGAUAAAUGAAAUUUUUCAUCCUUUUUCAAGAGUUUGUACAACAGUGACAUCUUUUCGGCAAAAUUUUGCAUUAGUAAUUCACAUGUCCCACGAAUGCUCUUAGUUCGGAAACAUUUUUGGGUACAGGUGCCUGCAAAACAGACGAAAUUCUUUUUGCGGUUUUAGGUAAACCGUUUUUGUCAAUAUUGAAUCCAAGAUAAGACACUUGUUCUCGAAAAAAUUAACAUUUUGAACUAUUCAAACGUAAACCUGUAAACUGUAGUUUACUCAAAACCGAUUUUAAAUUUUUGAUAUGUUCGGUUAAGUCUCUACCAGAAACUGUGAUAUCGUCCUGAUAUACUACAACAUAGUUUUUUGGAAAAUUGGUGCUGCGGGCUUAACCCCGAAUGGUAAUCGUUUCAUCUUGAAACAACCUGUGUGUGGACCAUGUACACAACCGUUGCGAAUCUUCAUCUAACGCCCGUUGAUUGUAAGCAUUGGACAAAUCCAGUUGUAAACAACUGACUUCCCUGUAGAGACGCGAAAAUAUCAUAUAUUAAACGUAGAGGAUACUGAAAGUCACGGAGAUGUUUAUUAAUGGUGACCUUAUAGUCUCCACAUAUGCGUAAAUCCCCGUUGGGCUUUAAUAUUGGUACUAAAGGUGUUCCCCAAUCAGCAUUGUCUAUAAGCUCUAAAACAUGUUUACUUAUCAAAUCACGUAAAUUGUUUUCAAUUUUUCUCUUCCAAGCUAAAGGAACCGGUCGCGGUUUAAAAAACUUCGGGUUAGCAUCAGAUGCAAUUUGUAAUCAUCUUUAAAAACUUCACCAACAUCAUUUUGAAAACUUUCGGUUCUGGCGCCAACUUCACCUUUUAAUUCAAUUGCUGUUACGGUCUGCACUUUAUCAAAAUUAAAUAAUCUCAAGAAGUCGCAUCCAAGCAAAGGCAUUUUGUUUGUGUC